UCUCGAUUCUUCUCUCCUCUCUCUCUCUCUCUCUCUCUCUGGAAAAGCCCAUCGCUUUCCUCGUCGAUCAAUUAUAUCAAUCAAAACAACAGCCCAAAAAAAUCAAAUCCCUCUCCCUCCCUCUCUCUCUCUCUCAUUUCCUCGUUUUCUUCACUCUAUCAUCAAUCCAUAUAUAAAACCAAGCAUACACACACACACACACACACAUAUAUAUAUAUAUCAUAGGUUUCCUUCACAUAUUUCAUCUCUCUCAUCAGCUUCUCCGUUCCUCUUUCUCUAUACAUUAUUCAUAUAUACAUAUAUAUACAUAGUUAUAUUCAUAUAUAUAUAUAUAUAUAUUUGUCUGUUGGUACUGGGACUGGUACGUCUCCUCUUGGAAUCCGCGAGGGGUUUUGGGCGUUCGGAAUGAUUCUUCGGAUGCGGAGGAAUUGAGAUCCAAAUGUUAUUGGACGCCAAAGGAGAUUGGGAUUCCAAUGCUUGGAUCUACUGACGGUCUUAUGGCCUCCAGCUCGGAGAAGUCAGUACAAUUAAAGUUUCCAUCUGAUGUUUUGCUGCCAAAUAAUUUUUCUUUGGCUGAGCAAUCUUUUAUGGGGUGAGAAGUGGGGGCGAAAUGGUUUUACAUUCCAAGUAUCUAAAGACAUGGAGGAGACACGAGAUGAUGCAGGGCCAGCUGAGCAAGGGCCUUCUAAUGCUUCGUGGUGGCAUUCAGAUUUUAUUGAAAGAUUUGGAUCUGUUUCUUUGGGUUCUCAAGAUGAGACCUUAAGCAAUACAGAAUCACCAAGAAGUUCUGAUCAAGAUGUAUUGUCAUCUCAGAAAGCAUCUCAAAUUCUAUGGCGCACUGGAGUGCUUUCUGAACCAAUUCCAAAUGGUUUUUAUUCUGUUGUUCCGGAGAAAAGGCUUAAGGAGACUUUUGAUGAUAUUCCUACUCUCGAUGAACUUCAUGUCUUGAGAGGAGAGGGUUUUAAAGCUGAUAUCAUUCUUGUAGAUGCUGCUAAAGAUAAAAAACUCUCCAUGUUGAGGCAACUGAUUGUGGCACUAGUGAAAGGAUUAAACUCAAAUCCAGCUGCCGUGAUAAAAAAGAUAGCAGGAUUGGUUUCUGAUUUCUAUAAACGGCCGAAUUUAGAAAGUCCAGCAAAAGCUGCACUAGAAGAAACCUCCCACAUGUUUGAAAACCGAGGUCUACAACUGCUUGGGCAAAUAAAGCAUGGUUCAUGUCGUCCCCGGGCAAUCUUAUUUAAAGUCUUAGCAGAUACUGUAGGUCUUGAAAGUAGGCUCAUGGUGGGCUUGCCUAGUGACGGGGUUGUUGAGUAUUCGGACUCAUAUAAGCAUAUGUCCGUCAUAGUUGAAUUGAGUUCUGUUGAAUACUUGGUUGAUCUCAUGCGGUUUCCAGGCCAGCUGUUGCCGCGAACAACCAAGGCAAUUUUUAUGACCCAUAUUUCUGCAGCAGGGGAGAGUGAUUCUGCAGAAAAUGACUCCUGUGAUUCACCAUUAGAACCGAACAGUCCUCUAUAUGGGUUUUCAGAGCGAGUUGAUCCUGACAGUGCUGAAAAAGAUGAAAGUCUUCAGUUGCAAAGGAGGUUAGACUCAAAUGUACCAGGUCUGUCAUUGCGGAAUAUGAUGCUGAGAUCUGCUACCUCUGUUGACAGGAAAUUAAGUUUAUCUCAUAGUGAACCAAACAUUGCAAAUUCAUUUUGGCGGCGCAGUCGGAGGAAGGUCAUUGCUGAACAGCGAACUGCUAGUUCAAGUCCAGAACAUCCUUCCUUCCGAGCCCGUGGACGGUCCAUGCUUAGUGGUGAUAGAAAGUCAUUUAGAGAUUAUGCUGAUGACAUGUCCACAUCAAGCUAUAGGUCAGAUGGUGCGUCAACAUCAGAGGCUCGUAGGAUAAGAAGAAGAAGCAUUAGCAUCACGCCAGAAAUUGGUGAUGAUAUAGUGAGGGCUGUUCGGGCUAUGAAUGAAACAUUGAAGCAAAAUCGCCUUUUGAGAGAGCAAGGCGAGGACGUGUCUUUAGACGACAGAAAUAGGAGUUCUGAUCUACAAAAUAAUGAACAAAUAUCUCAGAAGGCAAUAUCAUUACCCUCAUAUCCACAUGAUUAUAGGCGUCAAAUUUCUGAGAGAAGUGGACAUUCAGGUUAUCUGGCGAAUGAUGAACUGGUCUCAACAUGGAAUAAAGUUCUUCAAUCUUCCAUGUUUAAUAACAAGCCUCUAUUACCUUACGAAGAAUGGAAUAUUGAUUUCUCAGAGUUGACUGUCGGAACUCGUGUUGGCAUAGGGUUCUUUGGAGAAGUCUUCCGUGGCGUUUGGAAUGGAACAGAUGUAGCAAUCAAGGUUUUCUUAGAGCAACAUCUAACUGCUGAAAACAUGGAAGAUUUCUGCAAUGAGAUAUCCAUUCUUAGCCGACUUCGACAUCCCAAUGUUAUUUUAUUUCUGGGUGCGUGCACAAAGCCUCCACGUCUAUCGAUGGUUACCGAGUAUAUGGAGAUGGGAUCCUUGUAUUAUUUGAUUCACUUAAGUGGUCAAAAGAAAAGGCUUAGCUGGCGGAGAAAACUAAAAAUGUUGCGAGAUAUAUGCAGGGGGCUGAUGUGCAUACACAGGAUGAAAGUGGUUCAUCGGGACCUAAAAAGUGCAAAUUGUCUUGUGAACAAGCAUUGGACAGUGAAGAUCUGUGAUUUUGGACUCUCCAGAAUAAUGACAGAAACUCCCAUUAAGGACUCGUCAUCUGCAGGAACUCCAGAAUGGAUGGCACCUGAACUUAUUCGAAAUGAACCCUACACCGAAAAGUGCGAUAUUUUUAGCCUUGGGGUCAUAAUGUGGGAACUCUGCACUCUAAACAGACCAUGGGAGGGAGUACCACCAGAAAGGGUAGUUUAUGCUGUUGCUAAUGAGGGGUCCAGGCUGGAGGUUCCUGAAGGUCCACUUGGCAGGCUAAUUUCAGAUUGUUGGGCAGAACCGCAUCAAAGGCCAAGCUGUGAGGAGAUACUCACUCGACUGCUCGAUUGCGAGUAUACUCUUUGCUGAUAUACGAUCUCUUGUUUGUGUAUAGAAAACUCGGGUAGAGGGUUACAUUGUAUUCUCGGCUUCAGAUGUAUACUGUCAUCAUGAGUUUUCUCAUCACUGUAAAAUCAUAAAUUGCCUUUUUUUUCCCUCAUUUCAAAUGGUGCAAAACCCAUCCGUUUUUGUGCAAUCAAAUCAAAGUCUGCCGAAUGAGCAAUAAU